CAUCUAUGCUUACAUAUGGGUGACAAAGGUUCAGUGUAAUUGACUUCUUGAGCAAUAUGGUUAUUGAUUGUUUAUCAUAUGCUACAUACCUCAUAAUUUGCACAUUGUUUGUCUUACAUAUCUCUCAUUAUAAUUCACUUCUUUGAUAUGCUUGUAUGUAAAUGGAGUGUUUCAAAAUUUGACAGAUUGCAUCAUGCCACCUGGAUAAAAAAAGAGCAGUGCAUCCUCCAACUUGACUAGCACAAUGCGUAACACUGCAGCAGUACGAGUUGAAACAGAAGCUCCAACACCCGCUUCAGAGAUUCUGACAUCUACUCCUUUGACUGUUGCAUCUCCUUCUACACAUGCUAGUGCUUCAGGUGAACCUUCAGCAAAGCGGCGGUGUGUGCGAGGGCCAACAUGUGGAAAAAGAAUUAGAAAGAUAAUUGCUGAGAAUAAAGGGGAGAGGAUCUCAGCUUAUGUGACGCCAGAAAUGAGAGCGUUUUGUGGAAUAAAUGCAAACAAGGUGGCAAGUGAACUAGGGACACAAAUUAGGUGGAUAUGUCCUAUUCAGGGAUUUUACGCCUCGUGGAAUGAUGUUAGUGAUGACUUGAAACGUGCUGUCCUACAAGCAGUCCGGGACAAAUUUAAAGUCACCGAAAAUGGCGUUGAGGGCACCGAGUUAGUUGAGCAAAUUUUUCAAGAAAAGGCAAAUCUAAUAUACAAAGAUUGGAAAUGGAGAAUGAACAAUUUCUAUACAAAGACAUUGGAAGCUGGAUUAGAUGCAUAUCAUCAUCCAUUUCAAGAGAUCCCCAUAGAUGACUGGAAGUACUUGAUCAAUCAUGCCCGCAAAAUAGCUGGCAAAUUAAAUAGGGAGGCUGUACCGUAUGGUCAUACUAUGGGCUCUCGAUCCUUUGCUGCCGUGAUUACUAUUGCGGUGAGACAUUUUGCUCAUAGUGCUGUACUUACUUUUGUUCGUAGUGCUGCUAUUGAUGAUAUAUGGUUGUGCUUAUUCUGUUAUGAUUUUUGCCGGUGCUAUUUGUUGGAUUGUUAA